AUGGUUCCGUUAGUUAAAGUUCCUAUUUUGGGCAAAGAGAGUAUCCACGUCGGUUACAAUAUCAGUGGAAAUAUUAUUAGUACCAUUAUUAAUCAUUGUAAAUCUUCCACUUAUGUAAUUGUUAAUGACGAUAAUAUUCUAAAAGUUCCUUAUUUCCAAGAAUUUAGUGAGAACUUCGAAAGCAGUUUACCAGAUGAUGCUAGAGUGUUGAAAUAUGUUGUUACUCCAGGCGAAGCCUCGAAAAAUAGACAUACAAAAGAAGAAAUUGAAGAUUAUUUGCUAAAUGAAGGUUGCACUCGUGACACGGUCAUCAUUGCUGUAGGUGGUGGUGUCAUUGGUGAUAUGUUAGGUUUUGUUGCCUCUACAUUCAUGAGAGGUGUCAGAGUUGUUCAGGUUCCAACUACUUUGUUAUCGAUGGUUGAUUCUUCUAUCGGUGGCAAAACAGCUGUGGAUACUGAACUAGGUAAGAAUUUCAUUGGCGCAUUUUGGCAACCAGAAUUUGUUCUGGUAGAUAUUAAAUGGUUGGAAUCCUUACCGAAGAGAGAGUUCAUCAAUGGUAUUGCAGAAGUUAUCAAAACUGCUUGUAUUUGGAAUGCAGAUGAGUUUCAGAGAUUGGAAAACAAUGCCAAUGCUUUCUUGGACGUCGUUAACAACCAAAAAAAGAUUAAAGUUGAAAAUAAGAACACUGGGAAAAUUGAUGAAAUUUCAAACACUAACAUUGAAUUGAUUCUAGAACAUACUUAUAAAUUAGUAUUAGAAAGUAUUAAAGUUAAAGCAGAAGUAGUCUCAGCUGAUGAACGCGAAUCGAGUUUAAGAAAUUUAUUGAACUUCGGUCAUACAAUUGGUCAUGCGUAUGAAGCAAUCUUGACUCCACAAGCUUUGCACGGUGAAUGUGUUUCCAUCGGUAUGAUUAAAGAAGCUGAACUUUCAAGAUAUUGGGGUAUUUUAUCUCCAACCCAAGUCGUUCGUUUGACAAAAAUAUUAUCUGCUUACGGAUUACCAAUCUCUCCAGAUGAAAAAUGGUUCAAAGAAUUGACCAUAAACAAAGAGACUCCCCUAGACACACUAUUGAGUAAAAUGAGUAUAGAUAAAAAGAACGAUGGUUCGAAGAAAAAAAGCGUUAUCUUAGAAAGCAUAGGUAAAUGUUACGGUAAAUCUGCUCAUGUUGUUAGUGACGAAGAUCUAAGAUUUAUUUUAACUGAUGAAGCUCUAGUCUAUCCUUUUACCGCUUCUGAGAACAAGAAAGAUCUAGUGAUUACUCCACCAGGUUCAAAAUCAAUCUCAAACAGAGCUUUAAUAUUAGCUUCGUUAGGUGAAGGUACUUGUAGGAUUAAAAAUUUACUACAUUCUGAUGACACUAAACACAUGUUAAAAGCUGUUGAAGAUCUAAAAGGCGCAAAAAUAUCAUAUGAGGACAAUGGUGAUACAGUUGUGGUUCAAGGCUUUGGUGGUUCUUUAGAGGCUUGCGAAGAACCAUUAUACUUAGGUAAUGCUGGUACUGCUGCUCGUUUCUUAACUACCCUUGCUGCUCUAGUUAAUCCAACAUCGAAAAAUGAUUAUGUUGUAUUAACGGGUAAUGCUAGGAUGCAACAAAGACCAAUUGGCCCAUUAGUGGAUUCUCUUCGUACCAAUGGUUCAGAAAUUGAAUAUUUAAAGAAUGAAGGUUGUUUACCACUAAAGAUUGACAGCAAGACUUCUUUCAAAGGUGGUAGAAUCGAAUUAGCUGCCACUGUCUCCUCUCAAUACGUAUCUUCUAUAUUGAUGUGUGCUCCAUAUGCUCAAGAGCCAGUUACCUUAGCUUUAAUGGGUGGUAAGCCAAUCUCUCAAUUAUACGUCGAUAUGACUAUCAAAAUGAUGGAGAAAUUCGGUAUUAAGGUCACAAAGUCAGAAACAGAACCUUUCACUUAUCUCAUUCCAAAAGGUAAAUAUGUUAAUCCAGAGGAAUAUGUCAUUGAGAGUGAUGCUUCAAGCGCUACCUAUCCAUUAGCUUUUGCUGCCAUGACAGGCAUAACUGUUACUGUUCCAAAUAUCGGUUCAGAAUCGUUGCAAGGUGAUGCAAGAUUUGCUAUAGACGUGUUAAAACCUAUGGGCUGCACAGUUGUACAAACUGCAACAUCUACACGUGUUACUGGCCCAGCAGUUGGCUCAUUAAAACCUCUAAAUCAUGUUGACAUGGAGCCAAUGACUGACGCCUUUUUAACAGCCUGUGUAGUUGCUGCAAUUGCACAUGAUAACGAUCCUAACUCUGAAAACAAGACUGUUAUAGAAGGUAUUGCUAAUCAAAGAGUGAAGGAAUGCAACAGAAUAGAAGCUAUGGCUACCCAAUUAGCUAAAUUUGGUGUCAAUACUAAAGAAUUGCCAGAUGGAAUUGAAGUAUAUGGCCUUGAUAAUAUUGAGGACCUACAGCUUCCAAAGUCUGUUCACAGUUAUGAUGACCAUCGUGUUGCAAUGAGUUUUUCAUUACUUGCUGGUAUGGUAAACUAUAAUGCUAAGGAAACAAGCAGUCCUGUUAAGAUCCUAGAGAGACAUUGUACUGGUAAAACAUGGCCAGGUUGGUGGGAUAUCCUACACACUGAAUUAGGUGCAAAAUUAGAUGGUUCUGUACCUUCCUCUAGUACAACUGUUGACUCCAAGAAAAGUGUUGUUAUAAUUGGCAUGAGAGCUGCUGGUAAAACUACAAUAAGUAAAUGGUGUGCUUCAGCGUUAGGAUAUAAAUUGAUUGAUUUAGAUGAUUAUUUCGAAGAAAUUCAUGGUAAUCAAACUGUAAAGGAAUUUGUCAACCAAAAUAGUUGGGAGGAUUUCCGUAAAGAAGAAACUAGAAUUUUUAAAGAUUUGAUUUCUAAGCAUGGAAAUGAUGGUUAUGUUUUCUCAAGUGGUGGUGGUUUAGUAGAGUCACCAGAAGCAAGAGAAGCUUUGAAAAUAUUUGCUGCUGAUGACGGUAUUGUUCUUCAUUUACACAGAGAUAUCGAAGAAACUAUUGUUUUCCUACAAAGUGAUCCGACAAGACCGGCAUAUGUAGAAGAAAUCAGAGAUGUUUGGAAUAAGAGAGAGGGUUGGUACAACGAGUGCUCAAAUUUUGAAUUUUUUGCUCCACAUUGUUCCAGUGAAACUGAAUUCCAAAAUUUAAGAAGAAUUUUUGAUAAAUACAUUAACAAAAUAAUGGGAAAUGUAGUCUUGGGUAUUCCAAAACAAAGAUCAUCUUUUGUAUGUUUAACUUUUGAAGAUUUAUUUGAAGAGGUUGAUAAUCUAGCUCUUAUCACUGCCGGUUGUGACGCUGUAGAAGUCAGAAUUGAUCAUCUAGCAAACUAUGAACCUGCUUUUAUUUCUAAACAACUAUCCAUUUUAAGGAUUGCUACGGACGGUUUACCUAUUAUUUUUACCAUUAGAACUAAGAAACAAGGUGGUAAAUUUCCUGAUGAAGUUUAUGAGAGUAUGAGACAUUUGUUUACAUUAGCUUUGAAAUCAGGUAUUGAUUUUAUUGACAUGGAGUUAACUUUACCAACCGAUGUACAAUAUCAUAUCUUGAACAGAAAAGGUCAUACAAAGAUUAUUGGUUCUCAUCAUGAUUUCUCUGGUGAAUAUUCUUGGGAUGAUUCUGAAUGGGAAACUAGAUAUAAUCAAGCUUUGUCUCUUGAUGUUGACAUAAUUAAAUUUGUUGGUUCUGCAUUAAAAUUUGAAGAUAAUUUAUUGUUAGAGACAUUCAGGAAUAAUCAUAAAGCCAAACCUCUGAUUGCAAUCAAUAUGAGAGAGUUAGGUAAAAUAUCUCGUGUACUGAAUCCAAUUUUAACGCCAAUUACUUCCGAAUUGUUACCAAAUGCGGCUGCCCCUGGUCAGCUAACAUUAAGGGAAAUCAAUAAGAUAUACAGCACCCUUGGUGGGUUUUCACCAUUGAAUUUUUAUGUCGUUGGAUCUCCUAUUGGUCACUCAAGGUCUCCAAUAUUACAUAACACUGGUUAUGAAAUACUAGGAUUACCUCAUAAAUUCGAUAAAUUUGAAACAGAUUCAAUUGAAAAAGUGAAAUCUGAAUUAUUAGAUGGUGAAUCUAAUUUAGGAGGUUUGGCUGUUACUAUUCCACUAAAACUGGAAAUAAUGAAAUACUUAAAUGAUCUAACCCCUGCUGCUAGUACCAUCGGGGCUAUUAACACCAUUAUUCCGUUAGGUAAUGGCAAGUUUUUAGGUGAUAAUACCGAUUGGCUAGGCAUCAAAAAUGCCUUUGCCUCUAACGGUGUCCCAGAAAACGUGAAUGGUGCUGCUGGUCUAGUUAUUGGUGCUGGUGGUACUUCUAGAGCUGCUAUUUAUGCGCUUCAUAUUAUGGGUUGUUCUAAGAUAUAUCUUUUAAACAGAACAGCUACUAAAUUACCAUCUUUAAAAGCAUCUUUCCCUGAAAAUUUCAACAUUAUCAUUUUAAACUCAGUAUCAGACAUUGAAAAAGAAGCCAAAAAUAUUGGUGUGGCUGUCUCGUGUAUUCCAGCAGAUAAACCAAUCGAUAUCGAUCUGUUAGGUAGAUUAGAAAGAUUCCUAUCUAACGGUAUCCAUGCCUCAUUCAAACCUACUCUUUUGGAAGCUGCUUAUAAACCAGCGAUUACUCCUAUAAUGAGACUCAGCAAAGAUAAAUACAAGUGGGAAACAAUUCCAGGUUCUCACUUAUUAGUUCAUCAAGGUGUAGCUCAAUUCGAAAGAUGGACUGGAUUUAGAGCUCCGUUUGAUCCGAUUUUUAGAGCUGUGACAAAGGAUUAG